AUGGAUAAAGAUAUUUAUAAAUUAGCUAAGGAUUUUCCUAAUUUGUGGUCUAUUAUGGAAAAUAUAAAACCUAGUAGUUAUCAGAGCAUUACUGGUAAUUGUAAAUCAUUUGGAGAAGGCAAAUUUCAAAAUUUUCUUCCCGAAGUUGAGAAAAUAUGCGAAAAAGUGGAAGAUUAUACGCAAAUUAUAGAAAGCCAACACAGGCACAUGAUUACCGAUUCCAAAUCGAGUUGCAUAUAUUUGUAUUAUUGGCUAUAUUAUUAUAAUAGCAAGAAACAUUUGAGUGAUGAAGUUAAAAGUCUUUAUAAAGAAUUGAUGAAUUCUAUUGAUUCAUCGCAUAGAUACAUAUGCUCAGAAAAUAUUUACACGACUAUUACAGAUGAUGUAAUGUCAAAGUUCAAGGAUCUGGAUGACAUGUACACUAAACUUGAGAAAGAAAUAGAUGAUAAAAAAUGUGAAUACUUACAGGAAUGUGCGAACAUAUAUGGAAACUAUGUGCAAACUUGUAAAUACAAUAAUAAAACAUAUUUUUGUGAUGAAUUAUUAAAUAUAAAAGAACAAUAUGAUAAACAAAUGAUGAGCAAUAUAUGUAAUCCUGAAAUUCCCCAAACAUUACCUUCUUUUCAAAGUUAUAAUGUAACAACACUUACAUUAAUUCCAAUUUUUGCAACUUUAGCAAUAUUUUUUUUUAUCUUUAUAUUGUAUAAGUUCACGCCAUAUAAUUCACGUUUUCGAUGUACAGUUAUGAAGAAAAGAAAAAAAUGUAAUAAUAUUGAUAAAGAGAGGAAUAUACUGGAAUUAUCUGAAAAACCGUGUUGUCAUUUUAGAAACAAUGGAUAUCAAAUAUUAUAUAAUUCUAAUUAA